CCUCUAUCUGUCCAGCUACUCUCCACCUCUCUGUCCAUCUCUCCAUCUCUCCUCCAUCUGUCCGUCCAUUCGUCCCGUCUCCUGCACUGUUGGUACAUGACUGAUUCAGGGGAGGAUGUUGAAGUUCCGUGUGGACAGGAGAGCCAGUCAACAUGACCCCAGUGGACCAGCUGGACCAGCAGUGAGCCCCAUCCAGCUGGAAGAGUCAACAACAAUACACUCCUAUCUGCAGCACUGUGAUUUGGAUAUGAAUGGAAAGGUGAAUACUACUGCUGAGAAGAUCGCCCACUCCAAAAGUGCCAAUAUGGUGUCAGACCUGUCCCCAGAAGCCCAGCCUUACACCCGGGCGUCUCGUACUCCCAGAGGGACUCCUCGAAUGGCAGCUACGUUUGGGAAGCGCUCCAACUCGAUGCGCAGGAAUCCCAAAGCAGCGAUCGCCAAGCAGGGAUGGCUGUGCAAGCAGGCCAGCAGUGGAGUGAAGCAGUGGAACAAGAGGUGGUUCGUCCUCACCGACAGAUGUCUCUUCUACUACAAAGAUGAGAAGGAGGACACGGUGUUAGGGAGUCUGCCGCUGCUCAGCUUCCGAAUUGGAGGAGUGGAUUCUUCGGAUAACAUCACCCGCAAGUUUGCCUUUAAGGUGUGGCUAGAGAAGGAGUUGGAGGUUGAGGACGGGGAGUUGAACGGUCCUGUUGUCUUCUGCAUGCAGGCGCAGCACGCCGGGACCAGGACGUACUACUUCGGCGCAGACAGCCAUGAGGAACAGGAAGAGUGGAUUAAAGCCAUGAGCCAGGCUGCAGAGGUCUACAUUCAGCAUUCAACACAGAGAAUAACCUCCGACACCACGGCGGAUCUCAACCACACCAUGGUGACCAAGGCACCCAACCCACAAACACAGCAGCAUCCACACACACAAACACACGGCGAGACUGACGGUGACCUCCCCCCCCAACCUAAGAUCAACGGGGUAAACAGCCUCGACACGCCCCUGCCCUCCACCCCCCGCUCUGAUCAGGAAGGGAAAAAAAUCGACGGGAGACGAGGAGAAAGCGGAGGAGAAGGUGAAGACGAAGGGGGAGGAUCCGGUCCCGACCACACCUCUCGCCCGAGUCACCAUCCAAACGGUUGGGGCAACUACGGCCCUCGCAACACUGCGCCUCACAACAGCAACGGCAAACCCCCUCCAUCCAGGACUCACAGUGGACAUCAUCGUGCCCCUCAGGGACACCCAGAGGGGAGUGUUACCCCAUCACAUGACCCCAGGGAGCAGCAGGAUAACGUGGUGCUGAUGAGGGGCUUUGUGCCCAGGACGGUUCCGGAGAGGGUUGCCCAGAGGAAGAGCUCCAUGGCCCAGCUGCAGCAGUGGGUCAACCAGCGGCGGGGCAUGGCCUCCCAGGAAGACAUCAACAGCCCAUCUCAUUACUACCCAGUGAACCAGGGCGUCUCAGGUGACUACUAUGGCUACCCCGGUGGCCCUCAGUAUGUGGAGGAGUACCCUCUGUACCCGCCGGGGGUCCGACCUGACAGCAUCUGCUCCGUCUCUGCCGUGGGGGGAUACGACCGACGCUGGACCGUCGAGGAGAAGCGCCACUCGCUGAGGGACGGACCCCAUCAGAUGUACGGACCCCCGAUGCCCAGGGAGCAUUGGGGGCCACAGUACUACGGUGGAAUGGAAACAACCAUGAGACGUCUGUCCAUCCAGCCACGUUCCAGGUCUGUCCCCAGGUCACCGUCCUCGUCAUCGGGGGGGCCCUACUCGCCGGUGCCGCCCAACUUCGCCUCGCCAGCCCGAUCGCCGUCUGCCCGCUUUGACCGGUUUCCGGGAAGGACGAGGGACGAAGUGAUCUACGCCGACCCCUCUGUCUACAGCCUGAGGAGGUCCAUCAGCUCACCCAAGUAUGACUACCCUGGUGAUAGGAGGUCCUUAAGCCAAGGAAUAUACCACUACAACUACCCUGUAUCCCCUUCCAUCCACAAUAAAAUGGAGGACAUAUUAGACCUUCAGCUCCAGCGCAACCUGGAUUACUUAGACCAGCAGGUGCUGGAGGGAAGCCGCCUAAUUGGCACGGUUACCCGAAUGGUGGAGCGCUCAUCCUCAACAGCAAAGCUCUGUGUACAAGUGCCUCCUUUCCAUGAUGUCUACAGCAGAGAGUUACAUCCUACACUGAAGCUCAAUGAGAUAGAAACCAGUAAACUCUUGGGUCGACUGUGUGAGCAGAACCGAAUUUUGAAAGACCACGAGGCUGUCGUCCACAGACUGAGAAUGGACAAGGUACCUUAGAGGAAAGCACUGGUGUCAACUCAUCAGGAGAUGGAGCUGUACCAUAACCAGCCUUUGGCCAUGGAAAAGCUGCGGUUCAAGAAGGAAAACCCUGCAGAACCAGCUCAUCAACAUCAGAGGGAGCUCUCCCAGGCCUCCAGCGCUUUAACCACCACUCGUAUGGAGUUUGAAGCAUUAGAGGAUGAGGCCAAUGCCAUUCAUGGAGAUCUAUGGGAGCAGCUUAAUGCAGGAGGGCAGAGUGAACUGGUUCGUCGGCACAUCCAGAAAGAGUUUUGGAGAGUCCAGGAUGUAUUAGAGGGACUGCACAAGAAUAACUCAUCCAGAGGCACUGACACAGCCAAGCACAGAGUGGCCAGCGGUGCAUCAGGCUCCUUUAGCACCAAUAGUCCAGCCAGUCCCCUGAGCUCAGUAAGCUUCACCAGCCCGCUCAGCCCCUUCUCCCCAGUGCCCGGCUCCCAGGUCCCCACCAAACACCUGGGCCCGGAGGAGAGUGUUCCACCGAGACCUCCCCUCCCCAAGUCCUAUUACCCUUUGGAGCCCUCCCCUACCUUCCCUCCCUCCAUCCCUCCCCUGCCCUUUGACAGCACCGCCUGGCUACGCAGCUUGGGCAUCGAUGAUGGUUACCUUGAUGGUGAAGAUUCUCACAUCAGAAAGCCCAAGUUUGGAGAACAGAAUAAUAUCAGUGACGUGCAGGACCAGGGCCAGGACAGACAAUCCGCCAUGAAUAAAGUCGGCAUCGUCCCUCCUAGAACGAAGUCCCCCACCGACGAAUCACACAUCAGCUCUGCUGGAGUUUCCCGCCAUAACGGCAGAGUGCCUAAUGGAAUCUCUAGGGAGCGUCCAAAGAGCGCUGUGUUUCCUGCAGAGCUGAAGUCAAAGAUGAGUGUGGAGGAGCAGAACGAGCGAAUCCGACGCAACCAGAGCAGCUCUGUGAGGGAGAAGAGGCGGAGUCUAAACCUCUCAGGUGGCCAGUCUCCAGCCAACUACAGAGUGAUUCGUAGGCGGCUGACAGCUCAUGAGAUUGACAUUAAAGACUUGGAGGCGGCGGUUCGAGGCCCGGGACUGGAGUCACCGCGGGAGGAAAUCGCUCGCCUGAGAGGGUUUAGGUCUGAAGGAGAACCCUUCGACCUGGACAUCAGCAAAAGAGGUGAGCUCAGUCUUCCUGACAAGGUCGUGAUCCCGGAGCGCUACCUGGAUGUGGAGGACACCACUCCUCUCAGCCCCGAGGAACAGAAGGAGAAGCAGAAGAAACUGGAGCGGAUCAAGACCCUCAUUGCCAAAUCAAAUUUGCAGAACAUGGUUCCUCUCCUGGACGGCCCGGUGGAGGGCGGAGCUCCGACCAGCUCCCAGCAGCAGCUGCAGGAGCAAGAGAAGCGUAUCGAGAUCUCCUGCGCUCUGGCCGCCGAGGCCUCUCGUCGCAGCCGUCUUCUCUCCGCCCAGUGCGCCCCCACCAGUCCCCCCACCUCCCCGACCAGCCUGGCCCCUCCCCCUUCUUCCGCUGACUUCCCCAACUCCGCCCGCAUCAUGAAGGCGUGAGUCACGCGAGCUCAAGCUCUGGCUGCUGUCAAGUUCGAUGGAGCGUCUUUCUGAGGAUUCACUGGAAAAACUGAUGGAAAUGGCUCCAGAUAAAUGACUAUUAUUUUUUUUUUUUUUAGCACCUAAACUGAACUACAACAAAAGCACGGAAAGUUGUCGAAGGAGGUUCCUGGGAGGCAAGAGCAAAUUUUAAAACCUGAAUGGAAGCUAUAAAGACUUAUAAGCUCCCCCCGCCCUGCCCAACUCCAGUUCAUCAACUCCUGCUAUGUGUGCCCCCCAAGGCCCCACAUCUCUUACCAGCUUCCAGGUGUGAAAUAUUUCUAUAUAAUUUCGCUCAGGACAUAAUCUACAAAGUAGAGAUUACUGAUGAACUAUGCUGAUGAUGAGACAUUUUACACUCAUAAUAAUGACAAAAUGUCAGCGACCUGAGGUUCAGUGUCGAUCAGUUCGCCAGGGAACGCUGCAUAUGAGAGGCCCACACUGAAGAGGAACAAGGAAAAGAGAAAGAGUUGGGGAUGAGGCCAGAUGAACGUCACUAACAAAAGACUCGCUGCAGUAAAACCUACAGAGAGGCUCUGAACAUGCUUUAGGACACUAAAAGCCAGAAGGAUGUUCGUUAUCAUCUAAUCUCCAUAUCAACCUUGAAAACCCACCACGGCUUGCGGCCCAGUGAGGAGCGGCGCUCUGUGACAGACCGAGGGGAUUCGCUCACGCCGACAUAUUCUGACACUUUGACAACUGAUCGAAAUACGAGUGAAGAGCCUCUGAUCCUUUUGUGAAAAGCUGAGGACUCUCCUGAGCUCACUGUGAUGCCUGUUUCACCAAGUCCUCCACCCCCCCGUAUAACACUACUAUCAACCUCACCUGCUGUCAGUUCCACUCAUAUACAAACUCAAUGUCGCCUGGAUUACAUUUAGCAUCAAUUACCCGCCUUUCACACCAAACACACAAGCACAGAGUUUGUUGCGAGACAGAGCCGAAGAUGAAACGCAAAAAAAUGAAGCUGCUUAUGAAGACACUGUGUCCUCCGUCAGCUUCAGAGUAUAGCAUAAACACAAUAUCUAUUUUCUAACCUGGUAUCUUCACCCUCUUCAAUAUCUGCUGUCAUGCUUGAGUUUUUUUUUUUUUUACUCAAGUACAUGUAGGAUCGUACAGUGAGGUCCCUGAUGUACUCCAAAAUGAGUAGCUCUGUAAAUACUACAUCGGGUGUACACGGAUUUGAUCCAUCCGGCAUGCUUGUGGCACAUAUAGUCUUCGUAGUCAUCAGCAUAUCAGCAUAUUUGGGGGUCAAAUUUCAAUUUAUUUGAACUUUUGCCACAAAAACCUGGAGGAAAAUCAAGGCAGCGUGCACAGCUAGGACUUGCUCAGCUGCCUGCUCUGUGCCGUGUUGACUUUAAUCUCCGGUGUGAAAGCCAGUCAGAUUGUAAAAUUGAAAUCCUUAACUUGUUUUAGUUGGUCGUUUUCUCUCAUCUGCACGGUGGAGUAUUGUUAGACACUGAGACAGACACAUUUACUGUGGUUAAUGUGGUCACUGUCUGUAUGGUUCUGUUCAGUCUGAGGUGUGAGACAGGAAGUGACAUGCCUUUCCCCAAAUGUUGGGGGUCAAGCAUUAUAAUAAAGAGCAUAUAACACCAGCAGUGGAUUACAUACUUAGGUAUACCAUGUGUAUUUCAACUUUUACAACAGCUGAUUCAGAGUAAACAGCAGGCUGUGACACAAUCUUCUGCCCUAGAUGUAAAGAAGCAUCUGUCUGAGCCUAAAAGGAGAGACAGAACUUGCUCAAAGUUGAAGGUGAAGACGAGUCCAGAAGCCUUUUUCCUGAUAGAACGAUUUUCAAUUCAGUAUUCCUUCGACACAUGUGCUCAUGGGUUAAAUUUUGGCAAAGACUUUUUCUAACCUCUCUCACCUUCAGACAAAGAUGGUGGUUGGACAAGGAAAACGUUAGCGCAGACUACAAGUAGGAAAUGGGAUGAGUAGCAGGGACCGCCAUCCACCAGCCUGACCAUUACACCAUCACUGCUCUAUAUAAACCUCACAUUUCUGAACUGGUUUGUCACAGGACGUCGGCAUUGAAUAGAAUCCCUAAUCCGGUGUAAUUCAUCCUGUAUCCUGAAGGGGGGAACGAUCACCCAGCCUGUUCUCAUUCAAAUUCAGUGGACUUCAUCACAGUGUUCAAGAAAUUCUCCCAGUGGUCGUCUACAGAUAUGUAUAGGUAAAGUAUGUUGAAUAGAAAUGGUACAGUGUAUGUGGAAAGUGAAAAUAGAAGUGACCUUAGAAGAGUAACUGUGCUAGAGAAGCACUUGUCUGUGUGAAGAGGAGUUAGCAGUGAUGCAGUCAUUUGAGAGGAAGUAUAUGUACUGGAACACACUGUCAUGUAACAUAUCCCGACAACAUUUCAUCCAGUCAUGCAGUGCCAUAAGUCUGAAACAUGUCUGUGUUUAUAUGUUGUGAUGAAUGACUUACAGAGGAGUUUGAAUCUGGAGGGAAAUGCAAUGAUUGAUGGUACCAAAGUCAGAAAUGUCUACACGUAGUGGCUUUAAAUGGAACUCCGGUAUGGCCAAUAUUAAAGGUCCCAUAUUGUAAGAAGUGAGAUUUUCAUAUUUUAUAUCAUAAAGCAGGUU